UUGUCUAACACGCUUCCACAGAACAAGAGGAGAUACAAGAAGCAUGGCUACAACUUGGAUCUCACCUACAUAACGGACAGGAUCAUCGCCAUGUCGGCUCCUGCUUUCGGAGGACACACUGCCUUUCGAAACGACAUCCAUAUGGUCUCUCGCUUUCUGUCUCAGCGGCACUAUGGAAAGUUCUUCAUCUUCAACUUGUGCGACACCUACAACUCAUCGGACGGCGUCAUGGGGAAUUACCAUCCCCAGCUGCUGUUCAACCAAGUGCAGAGAAUUCCCUUCGAAGAUCACGCGCCACCGCUCUUGUCGGAGCUCAUCUUCAUGUGUCAGGAGUCGUGUGCUUGGAUGUCGAGAGACCGUCAGAACACGAUCGCAGUGCACUGCAAAGGAGGGAAGGGGAGGACUGGUGUGAUGAUCGCCGGCCUCCUCAUGUGGACUGGGCAUAGGAGAUGCGCUCUUGACGCUCUGGAGCUCUUCACACGCAAUGUGAAGCACAACCAAGGUGUGCAGGGCCCUAGUCAGUUGCGCUAUGUCUACUACCUGGAAGCCGUGCUGUACAGUGGGGUAGACCCCUGGAGUGUCAAGUACCGCUUCAUGGAGAAACUGACGCUCCGCUGCAAUCGCUUCAUGGAAAAGUACAAGUCGGUACGCAUGAGGUGA